UCUCUGAUUGGUCAGACGCUCGGAAGUGCGUCACGGGAUAACAACAUGUCCGCGUUCAUUUGAAACAGUGUAGCGUGCUCAGUCGGUUUUCACUGCUUAUUUUGAUGUGUUUGUAUGUUGGGUUCAACGAGCAGGCGAUUGCAGAGGGAGAGACAUCUGUCACAGGGAAGGACCGCACUCCAGGACAGGAAGCUCGACUAUUUGUUAUUAGCAGAAAUAAUGCUGAUAUUGGGAACUCAUGUCGCACGUCUAUGAAGAGAGAGCCACAAUGAUAGCCGCAGGCGAAUUGCAGUCGUUUGUCCCGUUCGGUCGUGAGCACUGCAGAAAUCACCCGAAUGCUGUGAAUCUCCAGCUGCGGCAGCUCCAGCCGGCUUCUGAGCUCUGGUCCUCUGACGGGGCAGCUGGACUCGUGGGAUCCCUUCAGGAGGUCACUCUACAGGAGCGCGAGAAGGAGCGCUGGCAGCUGAGGAAGGGAACUGCUCCUUAUGAGGUUGAAUAUGAGGAGGAGCUGUAUGUGGCUGGAAACAUGGUCAUAUGGAGUCAUGGCAGUAAGAAUCAAGCCUCGUAUGUCUACAAGGCCUUCACUGUAGACAGCACAGUUCAGCAGGCUCUUUGGUGUAAUUUCACCGUCCCUCAGUCUAAAAAUGAUGCUUCAGUAAAAGACGUUGUGGAGAAGACGGUGUGUAUCGUCCAAAGCACCUGUGUGAAUGUCCACAGCAUGAGUGGGAAAGACUUCAUAUCACCUCUCCCAUUCCAGGUCUCCGCUCUCUGGUCAACUAAGUUUGGCCUGCUUCUGGAGCGCAAAAAUAUUACAGUUGAUGGCCACAUGAGCCCCAUCGGGGAACCUCUCCCGAUUCUGUUCAGCAUGCUGCAUCCGUUAGAUGAAAUCGCUCCUGUUGUUUGUAAGUCCACCGGUCUGUUUGAGUCCCGUCUCCAGUAUGUUACAGACAGCGCUCUGAGAGUAGUGUUCACCUGCCACGAGCCCUCCAUCAUCAUGACAUACGACACACAGCAGUGCACACACACUGUCUGGAACCUGCGCAAAGUCACACCUGAGGAGCAGACCACAGUGUUGAAGUGUCCAGACCAACCUGGGCCGGUUCAGACACCGAAUGCGGCCCCCAGCUUCCUCAGCACCCACCUGAGAAACGUGACCCGGCUAGACUCACCCGCCUCGCCCUUACACUGUCACGCCCUGCACAACCAGAGCCGAAUCCCUGCCUCCCCGGGCCUGCACUCACGUGUUCACUCGCCCAGCAUUUCAAACAUGGCUGCUCUCAGUCGGGCUCACUCGCCCGGCAUUGCAGCGCCCUCUUUCUCCGGAGCUCAGCGCUUCAACAUGUCCUGCCACACGCCGUCUCCACGGGGCCACAGCAUCCUGGCCUCACCCAACAGCACCCUGAACGAAACAGCCUUGCUGCCUGAGAUGGAGCCCAUUCUACCAGACCUCUGCAUUGAGCAGCUGUGGACAGAAACCAGCGCUAUCUCCAGGGAGAAAGGCUGCCAGGCUGCUAAAGUCUUCAUCACCUCUGACCUGUGUGAGAACCGGUACCUGUGCUUCCUGGUCGAGUCCCACCAGCAGCUCAGGUGUGUAAAAUUCCUUGAGAGCAAUGAAACCUCUCAACUGAUAUUUGCAUCAGUGACCGUUAUCACCGCAAAAGAUGCUGCCCCUCUUGAGGACAUUCAUACAAUGCUGGUGCUUGAGGCCAAUGGAAGUCUGGUCUUGUACACAGGAGUCACACGGGUCAGCAAAGUGUUUGUCCCUGGCCUUUUGUCUCCUACGUUCAGUGUGCCAAACCACCAGCCGCAGUUAAGCACCCCUCUGGAGAACAUCAGCACCCCCGCAAGGGCCGCGGUUCAGCAUAUGAGCCGUCUGGAGGAGGUUGGCAUGCCGUCUCCUGUGUUGGAGGUGCGCAGCGCUGCGCAGCACCACGAGUCGUCCUGGCUGGAAGACUCUUCAUUCCAGCAGGCCGCACCUCACAUCCACUCCCUCCGAGACGCGGUCAGCAACAGAGUCACGCUGGAAUUGAGCUCCGGUUCCAUGUUAAGAAUCACCAUUCCCGAGCUGGCCACUUCAGAGCUGGUCAAGCGUUGCCUGCAGGCCAUCAGGUUUAUUUUACCCAAGGACACUGCCAUGAAAGUGCUGGUCAAGUGGUACAACAGUUACAACGCCCCUGGAGGUCCCAGCAUGCACCUGGAGUGGAACCUGUUUGUUACAUGCCUAAUGACAAUGAUGGGUUACAACACAGAACGACUGACGUGGACACGCAAUCUUCAUUUUGAAGUGCCCCUCUCUCCAGUGAUAGCCCCAAAGAAAGCCCGACCUGCUGACACGGGUUCAGAUGAGGAUUGGGGAUACCUCCGAUGCUCCGACUACCAUUGGCAGGUUUCCAUGUGCCCUGCGGUGGCCGUUCAGGGCCUGGAGCCGGUGUGGCCCCCCGGUGGAGUGGAGAACCACCACGCGUCUGUUCUGGGUUUAGAGUCGUCUGCCCUGCUCUUUCCACACAUCCCGGUGCUCUUCUACGUUCUGCAUCUGCUCUAUGAAGACCUGAAGCUGGACGAGCUGCAGCGCAGUGGGGCGAGAGCUCUGGUCGGGCUGCUGCAACAGCUGGCCAAGUACCUACAGCUGGAGGAUUUCAUUGAUCUGUACUGGCCGCGAUUACCCUCAUUCAUCAAAACCUUCAAGGAGGCCUGCGUGAUUGAUCAGGCUCAGAUGGAGCUGAUGACUUGGCCGGUGUUCCUGGACGGGGAAGCCCCGUGUGUUUUCGGCUGGCUCAGUCGCUGUCUGAGAGGGCAAGAUGUGACGCCUUUUCCUUAUCUGCCUGGCAUCUGUGAGAGAACUAAACUACUGGUGCUGAGUUAUGCCCUGUACGUGGUCGGGGAUGAGGAUGCGAUCUCGACAAACAUGUUGAAGUACCUCUCCAGGCUGUCAGCAGGGCAAAAGAAAAACACGAGUGAUCCUUUUCUGAGAAGGCAGAGCAGCGUGAAGACUGCUCCUUCAUCUGGAUCCCUGGCUGAGAAGCUGGUGGUGUGGUUGACCUCUGCAGGAUUUACACUGAAGGAUCUGGAGUCCGUUCCAUUUGGUGUGGCUCUGCCAAUCAGAGACGCCAUCUACCAGUGCAGAGAACAGCCCUGCUCUGAUUGGUCUGAGGAGGUCUGCGCUCUGAUUGGACGACAGGACCUGACCAGACAAGCUCACAAAGUGACCCUGGCCAAUCGUAAAUCGACUGUGGGUCUGAAUGUUAUGCUUGAGCCACCAGUCACCAGUGAAGCAGACGAGGAGGAGGAUGGUAUGACUGACCUGCACCCUGAGGUGACAGGCCUGAUCUGGAGUCAGGAUCUGAGGGUGCAGGAGGUCCGCCGUCUGCUCCAGAGCUCCAGACCCAUCCGGGUCAAUGUGCCCCACCUGCCUGAAGUCAGUGACCAUGAGUACAUUGAGGAGAAAGAGAACAAGCUGCUGCAGUUGUGCCAGCGCACCAUGGCUCUUCCGGUGGGACGGGGACUCUUCACUCUUUUCUCAUACCAUCCUGUGCCAACCGAGCCACUGCCUGUGCCCAAACUCAACCUGACUGGCCGCGCUCCUCCCAGGAAUACCAUGGUGGACCUGAACAGCGGUAACAUCGACGUGCCACCCAACAUGACCAGCUGGCCCAGCUUUCACAACGGUGUUGCGGCUGGCCUUAAGAUCGCCCCUGCCUCUCAGGUGGAAUCUGCCUGGAUUGCGUACAACAAACCCAAAAGUGCUGACCUGGCCAAUGAAUACGCCGGUUUCCUCAUGGCCCUGGGCCUCAACGGCCACCUGACUAAACUAGCAACACUUAACAUCCAUGACUACCUCACCAAGGGUCAUGAGAUGACGAGUAUCGGGCUGCUGCUGGGUGUUUCUGCUGCCAAACUGGGCACCAUGGACAUGUCCAUCACCCGUCUGCUAAGCAUCCACAUACCCGCGCUGCUGCCGCCCACCUCCACAGAGCUGGACGUGCCUCACAGCGUGCAAGUGGCCGCUGUGGUUGGCAUCGGUCUGGUUUACCAGGGCACUGGCCAUCGGCACAACGCAGAGGUCUUACUGGCAGAGAUCGGACGUCCACCUGGUCCUGAGAUGGAGUACUGUACGGAUAGGGAGUCCUACUCCCUAGCAGCAGGGCUGGCACUUGGCAUGGUCUGCCUGGGGCACGGCAGUAACCUGAUCGGGAUGACCGACCUGAACGUGCCCGAGCAGCUCUAUCAGUAUAUGGUGGGAGGUCAUUGGCGCAUGCAUGCUGGCAUCAACAGAGAGAAACACAAGUCUCCCAGCUAUCAGAUCAAGGAGGGUGACACUAUCAAUGUGGACGUGACCUGUCCUGGUGCAACACUUGCCCUCGCCAUGAUUUACCUGAAAACAAAUAAUCGGUCUAUAGCUGAUUGGUUAAAAGCGCCAGACACCAUGUUCCUGCUGGACUUCAUCAAGCCUGAGUUUUUGCUGCUGAGGACGCUGGCCAGAUGUCUUAUCAUGUGGGAUGAGAUCUUUCCCAAUGCUGAUUGGGUGACCAGUAAUGUGCCUCAGAUCAUCCAAGAAAACAUCGGAAACCAGGAGCAGACGUCCGUUUCUGAGGAUCUCAACAUGGAGACCAUAGUUCAAGCUCAUGACUAUAUAAUUGCUGGAGGCUGCCUGGCCGUGGGAUUUCGGUUUGCUGGGUCUGCAAAUUCAGAUGCUUUUGACUGCUUAUACAAAUUUGCCAGAAACUUCAUGCAGUGUCUGACGACCUCCACCGCUACAGUGACAGGGCAGUAUAACCUGCAGACGUGUUUAAGCAUGGUCCUCCUGGCGGUUUCGAUGGUGAUGGCUGGUUCAGGGAACUUGAAAGUGUUGCAGCUGUGCCGAUUCCUCCACAAACGCACCUUUGGAGAGAUGAAUUAUGGCUUCCACAUGGCCCAUCACAUGGCUCUGGGCCUGCUCUUCCUGGGAGGAGGGAGGUACACACUCAGCACCUCCAACUCGGCCAUUGCUGCCCUCCUUUGUGCACUUUAUCCUCAUUUUCCUGCUCACAGCACAGACAACAGGUAUCACCUCCAGGCGUUGCGCCACCUGGCUGUGCUCGCGGCAGAACCGCGUCUGCUGGUGCCUGUAGAUGUAGACACUCUCAAACCCUGCUACGCUCUGCUAGAUGUCACCUACAAGGAGACGCAGUGGUACGAGGAGACGACUGUGGAGUUGAUGGCUCCCACCAUGCUGCCUGAACUUAACCUUCUGAAACGGAUUAAGGUGAAAGGUCCAAGAUAUUGGGAGCUGAACAUUGACAUCAGUAAAGGCACCCAUCAUCUACAAUCCAUCCUGUCUAAAGACGGCGUUCUGUAUGUGAAGUUGCGCGCCGGACAGCUGCCCUACAAGGACGACCCUCAAGGCUGGAAGAGCUUACUGGCCCCCAACCUCAACAACAGAAGCGCUGAAGUGCGCACUUUUAAGCCCGAGGUCAUCUCAACCUUCACCUCAGACGUGGCUCUGGUCUCCUUCGCCGAGUACUUCUGCAGGGCCUCGGAAAACAUGAAGCAUAAGCAGGAGACCGUGGCGUUACUGUCAGCAAUUUUGUAUGAAUGUGUGACACAGGAAUACCCAGAAAUGCUGCCUACACACAUCUCUAUUGACCAGGCCGUGCGGACUCUGGAUCGAGGCGAUCUCUGUGAGACGUUCAGUCUGUGGCAGAUGAAGCUGGUGCUGGAGUUGUGUGAGAGCCGAGUCCUGCAGCAGCGGCUCAGAGACACACAGCGUCAGGGCCACGGCCUGCUGCUCAGCUCUGAGUUCCUGCCCGUCAUGAAGAGCUCCGCCGACCGGGCCCUGGAUCGCUGGCUCUGUGAUAACAGUCACGUGCUGCAAGAGUACAUGAGAGGACAGCCGAUGAACAACGACACUGAUGUCAACAUGUUAGCCUGCUUCCUGGUUUACCAUUCUAUCCCCAGCCUCAAGAACAUGGUGGCAUCUGACCUGGAAGGAUGUUCCUGUUUUCCAGAGCUGCUGGUCAAGAGCAGUCAGUUGGGUGUUCCUGUACGUGCUCUGCUGCGUUUGAGUCCUCUGCUCCUCCAGAAACAAUAUUCUGGAGUUUAACCCCGCAAUUCCUGGAGGUCAACCAUCCUUCUCCUUAUCCAGGUACCGCAGGGUCAUGGUUGCCUUGUCCUCACAGGCCACAGGAA